AUGGUUGUCUCUUCUCUUGUCCGACGAGGCAUGGAGAUCGCCAAGGAGAGAGCCGGUAGUCCUGAGGUUCCCUCCAUCGAAAUCCGCGGGUGGCAAGCUGGCUUGUUCUUCUGCACUGUUGCGGCUUUUAUCUUUGCAGUCGUUUCGGUGGAGUACACCUACGGCUUAGUGGUCACGACGCUCGCUGCCGUCGAAGAUUCCAACCCCGAUAUUUACGUGCGCAUCGACGGCAACCAGGAUGGCAACAAAGCCUCUGAUCCCACCGCUCCCGCCGACCCUGAACUAUUGGUCGUUGAGGCUAAGCCCAUCACCAGCAAACUGCGCACGACAAUUAGACAUCUUCGCGCCCGAGGUGGUUUCUGGUCUCGGUUCCGCGGCUUUGCCAUCUUUCUCGUCUACACUCAGGCCCAAGGACUCUUGUCUACCAUGAUGCCUGUGUCAAUUUACAACUUUGUCGGCCAGUUUCUCGUCCGCUUGGUCGUCGGUACCCUGCUGGCUAACCUGCAGUUGGCUUGGGUGCAUAUUGUGAUCUCCGAGCCUUCUCCCAAGCGGUUCUACCGCCGCAUCCCCGGCUACAAGAGCUGGGUUAAGAUCGCUCCGGUGUUUGUCUUUGAGCAGGCUAUUGUUGCUGGGGCAUUCAUCCUGCCUUUCCUCGUUGCCACUCGCUUUGGAUUGGUGGACUUGAUGUAUGAGACCCCCGAAACCGAUGGGCUUUCCUUUGCCAACUUUAGUCGGUUGGCGGGCGCAUUUACUGUCCCCUCUCUCUGCUCCUUCCUUGCGUCGAUUCCCGCUCGGGCUAUCUUCAUUCGCGUGGCUGCGUCCAUGCUGCCCGAGGAAGAUGAGGCUAUCGUGCCUUUCGACCGCUCUUUUGGUGGAAAGGUAGUACCUGCCAUCCUGGGAGGUAGUGGCAAGCUCAGCAUCUCUGAUGCUUGGAAGACUUUUGAUUGCUCUGCCCGGGCCCGCUACUUCAAGGCCGUCGGCAAGGCUUUCGCCCUGGAGGUUGCAAUUGUGGUCUUCUUUUCACUGGCUAUUGUAGGUCAAAUCUACGUCGGAAAAUUUGGCUACAGUACAGAACCCAGCACGGAUAUUGCCUGA